UCGGAUAUUCCGUAGUGGAAUAGUCUACAAUACGCCAUCAGCGCGCGACACCUUUUCUUCUCGUAUGAAAUGUAGCCAAGAACCUUCGCUAAUUUCACGCUUUUGUUACGCACUUCCUUACGUCAUCAGUAAGCGACUGUUCGUCCCUUUACACUCAUCUGGGGGUUGUUGACAUCGCGAAAGGGAUCGGAAGGAUCAAGGUGGGUCUGAUGUGUUAGGAAAUCCAUUGGUAAAAAGUAUCAGUGCCUAUUGAAGACCUUCCUCUUUCACCAAGCCUUUUAAGAAGAGACCUUAUCCCGAACAGUAUCAUGGCUGGUGUGGGCUUUGAAGAAUUCUCCGUGCCUCCUGGCUCGGAGUUGGCACUGCCCCCUCUUUUUGGGGGCAAUAUUCUCGAGAGUGAACUGGAGACAGAAGUGGAGUUUGCUGAUGGCGGGAUAGCAGAAGAGGAGGAAGAAGAAGGGGCAUUGAGGCAGCAGGAAAUGACACGGCGCAAGUGCCAGGCUCUUGCUCGGCGCUGCAAGGAGUUAGAGCAGGUGAACGAAAGGAUGUUAAACCGGCUGCUUCAGGUCCAGAGAAUAACACUGAGGCUAAAACAAGAGAGAAGGUUCCUCAUGAGGGUUCUGGAUUCCUAUGGUGAUGAUUACAUGCAGGGCCACCUUGAUGUUAUCCUGGAGGAUGAAGGAAGCCACAGCACUGAUGCUCCAGCUCCUGGCAACACAGAGAACGAGCCCCCUGGGAAAGAGACCCCCAGGCACCUCUCGGGUCCUUUACCCACCCCAGAGGCUGAGAACCUCUCGCCUACUGAGGGCCCUACCAGUAAGAAGCGACGGUGCCACAUGCGAGAGGAAAAGGAAGCGAGGCAACGGCGAGCAGCCCAAACCCUGCUUCCUAUGGAAGAAUUUCCUGUACAGAUAAAGUCAGAAGAGGACUUCCAAUGUGAGCAAGAGGAUGUCCUCACUCCUGCCUGGCAGCAGUCCAGUCCCCAGGAUAAGUUGCUCCACUACUCAAAGUUUUCUAGCCCAGGGGCCUGUUCUGAUUUUGACUGAGGCUGGCCACUCACCUGACCAUCCAAAGGAGAUUGUAUAUAUUUGUAUUUGAUGGCCUCCCUCCUGGGUUAAACAGGCCACUGGGCUGUAUGUUGAUGACAGCUGCCUGGUGGUGUCUUUUGGACUUAAAGAAGCAUCAGCUCAUUUUAAGAGCCGGCUCAAAUUGGACCAGGGAACUCUAAGCCACUUAGAGAGCACCCGAUCUGAACUGACACUGGGCUACUGAAGGAAAGUGCUGGAAGACAAAAUGAACUCCACUAACAAAACUUGAAAGUCAGUUUGUAAUAACAUUGAAACCAGUAUGUGUUGAUAGAUUGAUUCUGCUACAAGUGUCCAAACGUUUAAUGUUGGGUAUGGGGUGGGAAUGGGAUUCAGGGAUUAGAAUCUGUAUGUCUUAAAUGUCUUAGUCCAGAGGAACAGAACUGAGUCAUUUGUAAGAAGUAGAACUGGUCACUGCAUAGUACAGGCCAGUGAUCUGUACUAUACAUUUAAAGCAAUAUUACAUUAUUUAUUUAUUUAAUUUAUAUCCCACCCUUCCUCCCAGGAGGAGCCCAGGGUGGCUACACCACUUCCAACAGUCAUGGCUUCCCCUAAAGAAUCCUGGGAACUGUAUUUUAAGGAUAAACAAGAGUUGUUACGAGACCCCUGUUCCCCUCACAGAGCUACAAUUCCCAGAAUUCCUUGGGAAGAGAGAUUGAUUGUUAAACUACUCUGGGAAUUGUAGCUCUGUGAGGGGAACGGGGAGUCUCCUAACAACUCUCAGCACCCGUCACAAACGACAGUUCCCAUGAUUCUGUGGGGGAAGCCAUUACUAUUCAGAGUGGUAUACUAGUGCUUUAAAAGUAUAGUGCAGAUAAAGAGGGGGUGCAGACUGGCUCCUACACACUGUUUCAGAAUGGAAAGAGAAAGAAAAGUAGCUUCUGUUUCGUGUGAUAAAUGUUCUCAGUGUAUGAGGAGUCUUGUAACACCUGGGAAGAGGACUGUGCUCCUCUGCUGUCCCCAGCCAAGUUUUUUUUAGUGUCUUGACCAAUGGCACCAUGAGGCACCAUAUAUCAGGCUAUUUGUAACCUGCACUAGCAAGAACCAUCUCCUACGACCUGUAUAAAUUCUGCAAGUUCAAUAAAUUUGUCAACAUUG